AUGCCGCCUACAGACGAGAAGCAGGCCGUUGUGCCCGAGCAUGUGUAUAGGUUUCCUCAUCCGAACGAAUUUCCGGAAGUUCAGAAACUGGCCACAACGGACUGCAGCUUGCUGCUGGCCUCCUCUAGCGAGGUUCGGAGGCAACUGUUUGCUAAAGCUGGGGUGCCCUUCGGUGCCUUUUCCGCCCCUCUUGAGGAGGACGAUGUGCAGCAAUGGCUGGAAGCCAAGCAUCCCGAGCUUUCGACUGACAGACGGACGCUGCUAAUUGCACAGCUCAAGGCAGAUGCCGCCGUGCAUGCGCUCAGGGGGCCGAACACGCAGCACCUCCUGCAGUUGCGCCUGCACAACCAGAUUUUGAACCUCCCAGAGUCUGAACGCCUCCCGCUUCUUGCACUCGCCGAAAGCGCUGCAAGAAGAACUGGAGGCGCCACUGCAGCCGUGGCGGCACUUGCUUCGUUCGCGGAAUCCUGUGUGGCACUGGAGGCUGCGGAUGGCCGCCCUCCAGUGCUGAUUGCGGUCGAUACAGGCGUUUCCCUCCAUGGACGCGUGAUGUUCAAGCCUAGAGACAAGAAAGAGGCGGAGUGCUUCCUGCAAAGAUACUCUGAAACCGAAGAUCCCAUAAUCGUCACCACCAGUGUUGUUCUGGUGGACCUCUGCGACGAACUCGAAAAUCCGCCAUGGGAUCCAAACGCCGCCGUUCCUGCAGGCCCCGAGUUUCCUCAUAAAUGCAGAUCGUGUGGCAAAUUUCAGCAGCAGGGAUCAGCGGCGGGCAGAGAAAACUGCAGUCCAUGCAGCUGUCCGCUACCGGUAGUCCAUGCGGCAAGCAUACUCGACGAACCCGGGGGCCCCGCGGCAUACAGAUUCAACUCGCGCGAAGUCUUCACUGUCCACUCUGAAGUGCGAUUCAACAAGAUGGAUGCGGAAACCCGCAAGCGAAUCAUCGAAGAAGGCGACGUUCUGUAUUCUGCCGGCGCCAUUCUCAUCGAAAAAGGAGAGAUGGCCAAAUACUUGAAAAGCGUCUCUGGGUGCCCGCACAGUGUAAUCGGCUUCCCUCUGGGACACCUCAAGGGCCCGCUUUCUCAGCUUCUCAAGAAGAUUGGAAACUGA